CUUUGCGGCGGUGCCGUAGUCCCGUGUCACGACGAUCGCGCUCGCUUUGCGGCGGUGCCGUAGUCCCGUGUCACGACGAUCGCGCUCGCUUUGCGGCGGUGCCGUAGUCCCGUGUCACGACGAUCGCGCUCGCUUUGCGGCGGCAUGGCGGCGCGGUUCAGCGGGGUGCUGCAGCUGACGGAGCUGGACGAUUUCAUCGCCCCCUCGCAGGAAUGCAUCCAGCCUGUCCCAGUGGACAAGAAGCCUGGCAAAGCAGCAGCCAGGAUCAGAAUCGAAGCUGAUGGGAGCUAUUUCCAGCUCAGUCAGGAUGGGGAAGCACAAAAGCUGGAGAAAGCCAAAAUCAGCCUGAAUGAUUGCCUGGCCUGCAGUGGCUGCAUCACCUCAGCUGAGAGUGUCCUGGUGAGCCAGCAGAGCCACGGGGAGCUCUGCAAGGUGCUGGCUCUCAACAAGGCUGCUGCUGCCCACGAGCAGAAGCUGGUGGUGGUUUCUGUCUCCCCCCAGUCCAGAGCCUCCCUGGCUGCAAGGUGCAAACUGGGGCUGCUGGAGACAGCCCAGAAGCUGACCACCUUCCUCAAGGGUUUAGGUGUGCACCACGUGUUUGACACAACUUUCUCCAGGAAUUUCAGCCUCCUGGAGAGCCAGCAGGAGUUUGUGAGGCGCUUCCACAGACAAGCAGAGGACAAAAAGGCCCUGCCCAUGCUGGCCUCCUCCUGCCCAGGCUGGAUCUGCUAUGCAGAGAAAACCCACGGCAGCUUCAUCAUUCCCCACAUCAGCACCACCAAAUCCCCCCAGCAGGUCAUGGGCUCCCUGGUCAAGGGCUACUUUGCAGAGCAGAAGCACCUGCCCCCUGACAGGAUCUACCACGUCACAGUCAUGCCCUGCUAUGACAAAAAGCUGGAGGCCUCCAGGCCAGACUUCUUCAACCAGGAAUACCAGACCAGGGAUGUGGAUUGUGUCAUCACCACAGGAGAAGUGCUGAAGCUGCUGGAGCAAGAAGGAGUGUCCCUGUCAGAUGUAGAUCCUUCUCCCCUGGACACUGUGCUCGGCGGGGCUGCGGAGGAGCCGCGCUCGCACCGAGGCGGCGGCUCGGGCGGCUUCCUGGAGCACAUCUUCAGCCACGCUGCCCGGGAGCUCUUCGGCAUCCACGGGGCCUCCAUCCACUACAGACCUCUCAAGAACAAGGACUUCCAGGAGGUGACCCUGGAGAGGGAUGGAGAGGUGCUGCUGCACUUUGCCCUGGCCUAUGGGUUCAGGAACAUCCAGAACCUGGUGCAGAAGCUGAAGAGAGGGAAGUGCCCCUAUCACUACGUGGAGGUGAUGGCCUGUCCCUCAGGCUGUUUGAAUGGAGGAGGGCAGAUCAAACUGCAGGGAGAAUCCAGCAAGGAGGAGCUGCAGCAGGUGGAGAGGUUGUAUGACUCCCUGAGGGCUGAGAUUCCAGAGGAAAACCAGGCUGUGAGGGAGCUCUACGAGCACUGGCUGGGGGGCUGGGGCUCAGAGAGGGCUCUGCAGGUGCUGCACACUCAGUACCACGCCGUGGAGAGAGCCAGCUCUGCCCUCAGCAUCAAGUGGUGAGGGCUGCCCAGCCCAGGAGACCCUCAGUGCCUUCUGAACUCACACUGCUGCUCCUCCAGGGGCUCUGUGCAGCUCCUGCCUCUGGGACAGUGCCUGGCACUGCUGCUUCCUCCAGCUGGAGGGUGAGGUGAUGGCAAUAACCCCAAAGUGUGACAGGGACACAGCAGGAGAGGCAGAAACACGUCCCAGGCUGAUGGGACAGCCCCUGCACUGCUCCACCAGCCCCAGUCCUGCCAGAACUGAGGAGCUCAAGGAUUCAGAGUCAGCUCCUGGCUGAGCUUUGUGCCACAGCCCAGUUUUGUUCCUCCAGGCCUUGCUGGAUUGUCACAGCACUCAGUUCUGUGCCUGCCUCUGCUGGAACAGCCUCAUUCCAUUAGAAAUGGUCUCAUUCCAGGCCUGGAGUUCUCCCUCUCACUGCCCUGCAGGGUCUGUGCCCUCAGAGAGGGGAACCAAAGCCUGGGAUCCUCCCUGGGGCUGGAGUGAAUGCUGGACAAAACCCCUGGGAUUCCUUUUCCUUAAAUUAUAAUAAUUUAUACCAAGGGCAAUUCCUUCUCUGUGUUUUCUUCCCGAACACUCAGCAGGGAGUCAGAGAAUUGUCACACUCACCCACCCUCAGCAGCCACUUGCUGAGGGAUAAUAUCCCUAAAUCCAGACAAAACAGGCACUUAGUGCUGGAUAACAUCCUGAAAUUACCACAGAAUAAUUCCUGACCUUGGGGCUGGCAGGAACCAAAGCCUCCUCUGCACUUUCUUCCAACGAAUCCACAGAGCAAAUGCUGAAUUUUCAUGUUUUUAAUUAAAACCUUUCCAUUUUUCAGCUGUUGCUGAUCAUUCACGACCUCACAGUGUUCUAAGGCAUCAACCUCCCCCUGCUGCCCCCUCCCCUCCUUCCUGAGGAGCACACUGGUGCUUCCAGAGAAUUCCCUUUGCCAUGCAGGGGUUUGGCUGAAGCAGGAGCUGGCCAGGGAGGGGCUCCAGGCUGGGCUCAGUGCAGGGCACACCACAUCAGCCCAGAAAUGCACAGUCAGGGAGGCUGAAUUAGCUGGAAAUGAAAUCCCAGGGCUCUGCACUCGCUCACCUCCCCAGCUCCCAGGCCACUGCAGCCACCCUGGGCUCCCUGCUCUGCCACCAGAACAGCUGGAAUUUGUCCCAGCUCUGAGGUGAGGAGCAGGUUCACACCCCCAGGGCCAGCCCUGCUCCCAGGAUAAAUGAAAUUCCAGAGGGGACAUCCACGACUCCAGCAUUUCAUGGGAACUGAGGAAUGCAGGCUGUGGCACCAAGGGAGCUUUUGCAGCUGGAUAAAUCCUUCCCCUUCCAUGCAAAGUAAAUCCAAACUAUAAUUUAUUAAAUGGAAAAAAAAAAAAAAA